AUGGGUAGAUCAAAAAUUCGUGUUGUUUAUGAAUAUGAGUUCCGUCGUGGAACCCAGACAGCUCGAAGCCUCAAUGAGGUGUUUGGUGAAGAUGUGGCGAAUGAGCGCACUGUGAGUCGACGGUUUGAGAAGUUCCGGUCUGGUGACUAUAAUCUUGAAAAUCAGCCUUGUAGUAGACCUGAGACCAACGUGGAUAAUGAUGAGUUGGAAACUGUAGUGGCAGCGGAUACAUCUCAAACUACGCACCGACCACCUGUUGUCCGUAAUGGAAUUGACCAAAGUCCAGCCAUCUCUACAAUUGGUCAGUUACACUUAAAACCAAGGGUAACCUAA